CGCGCGACCUCCGGCGCUACAUGAGCGGCGCUGCGUCUUCCUGCUGUGUAGGAGCGGCAGCAUGGAGGAGGUCAGCGGCGCUCAGCUGAUCGCUGAGGCUCUCAGGGCGCAAAAUAUCGAGUACAUGUUCGGCGUUGUCGGUAUUCCGAUCACUGAGGUGGCAGUCGCAGCGCAGGCAGCUGGAAUCAAGUACAUAGGAAUGAGAAACGAGCAGGCUGCUUGUUACGCUGCAUCUGCUGUUGGAUAUCUGACUGGCAGGCCGGGAGUAUGUCUUGUAGUUUCUGGUCCAGGUUUUUUACAUACCCUUGGUGGGAUGGCAAAUGCAACGAUAAAUUGCUGGCCUUUGAUUGUAAUUGGAGGCUCUUCUGACAGAAAUCAAGAAACCAUGGGAGCUUUCCAGGAAUUCCCACAGGUUGAAGCUGCUAGGCUGUAUAACAAACUAUCUGUCCGCCCAAGCAGCCUGGAAGUCAUUCCUGCUGUUAUUGAAAAGGCUGUAAGAACCAGUAUAUAUGGCCGCCCAGGUUCCUGUUACAUUGACAUACCUGGGGAUUUUGUGAAUCUUCAGGUGAAUAAGAGCUCUGUCAAGUAUGUAGAAUGCUGCCCACCACCUCCCAUCAGCACAGCUGAGCACUCUGCUGUAUCUGAAGCAGCAUCCAUCAUUGCUCACGCCAAGCAGCCUUUGCUAAUCAUUGGAAAAGGUGCUGCUUAUUCACGUGCUGAAAGCAACAUCAGAAAGUUUGUGGACCUUUCUGGACUGCCUUUUUUGCCUACGCCAAUGGCAAAAGGAGUAGUUCCUGAUAACCAUCCAAACUGUGUAGCUGCAGCAAGAUCCAUGGCAUUAUUACAUGCUGAUGUAAUCAUCUUGCUUGGUGCGAGGUUGAACUGGAUUUUGCAUUUUGGACUUCCACCAAGGUUCCGACAAGAUGUAAAGGUUAUUCAGAUUGAUAUUUGUGCAGAAGAGUUGGGGAAUAAUGUGAGGCCAGCUGCAAUGUUAUUAGGUGAUAUAAGCACCAUAACUAAGCAGCUUUUAGAAGAAUUCAGCAAACGACCUUUAAAAUAUCCCUCUAAUUCAGAGUGGUGGAAGAGACUAAGAGAGAAAAUGCUGAACAAUGAGGAAAGAUCAAAGGAUUUAGCAUUACAAAAAUCCCUGCCCAUGAAUUAUUACACAGUCUUUCAUCACAUCAGAGAACUGAUACCCAAGGACUGCAUUUUGGUAAGCGAAGGAGCAAACACCAUGGACAUCGGGCGCACUAUGCUUCCUAAUUAUCAUCCCCGUCAAAGGCUUGAUGCAGGUACUUUUGGAACAAUGGGAGUUGGACUGGGUUUUGCCAUAGCAGCUGCACUGGUGGCCAAAGACCGAACGCCUGAGAAGCGAGUCAUCUGCAUAGAAGGAGAUAGUGCUUUUGGAUUUUCUGGGAUGGAAGUGGAAACUAUUUGCAGGUACAACUUGCCAAUCUUGAUUAUCGUAGUAAACAACAAUGGGAUUUACACUGGUUUGGAUGCAGGCAGCUGGAAAGAGAUGUUACAGUACGGAGAUCCUAUUACAAGUGUACCUCCUGUUUCCCUCCUUCCAAAUGCACGCUAUGAGAAAAUUAUGUCUGCCUUUGGUGGUAAAGGAUACUUCGUUAAUACACCAGAAGAACUGCAGAAUGCUGUGAAAGCAAGUUUGGCUGACAAGCGAGCACCUUCUCUUAUAAAUGUAAUGAUUGAUCCACAGUCUGAGAGAAAGAAACAGGAAUUUCCCUGGCUUACUCGUUCUAACCUGUAAAAGAAGAUGAAGUUGGCCAUGGUGCAAGACAUGCAUGAAGCAAAACUAAACUGGUUUCCGGAAGAGGGAACAAUGCAACUCUUACGUAAACAGUGGAACAAAAUGGAAUUUAAAAAUUGAUAUCAGAGUAAUCUUUAAGUGAUUAAAUUAAGUAACUGUGAAGUGAACAGGACACAUUUUAAUGUAUAUCAGACUCUCUUAGCAAAGAUGAUAAGGCUGCAUAACUUUUCAUUUACUCAAACUUACAGUCAUCAAGAUUUGUGAAUUAAAAUUUUAGACGUUCUGGAAGAAGAGAGUAUGCUGACAGUUUUACACUGUUAGAAAUACAGAAAUUGUAGGCAGUCUGCAAUUAGAGUAGCUUCGUUUUUAACUGAUGCUACUUGUUUUGAGACCUUAUCUUGUGAUUACUGAAAUGAAGUAUUGUGCAAGUGCUCAUUGGCAUAAUUGUGCUUUGGAGCCAAGUGGGGAAACAGUCACUUAAUAAUUUUACAUGAUGCUUUUUUAGCUUCUAGUCUAGAUAGAAGCGGUGUGUCAGAAAUAACUUCUUUACUGCAAGGGUGAUGCAGCACUGGAACAAGUUACCCAGAAAGGCUGUGGUGUCUCCUUUUAUGGAGAUACUUAUGACCCAUCUGGACACCUACCUGUGUGACCUAUUGUAGGGUACCUGCUUUAGCAGGGAGGUUGGGCUUGAUGAUCUCUUGAGGUCCCUUCCAACCCCUGCAAUUCUGUGAUUCUGUAACAAGGACUGAUUUUGUCUAUUGCACUUGAGUUUGAGAUUUUGAAGAGGGCAGAUUAGUCUUCUUGAGGCUAUAUCUAUUGCAUCUUCACCUGUUGUUGCAUCUGGCAACCUGACCUAGAGCUCACACUUUAAAAGGAGCUUUUUCUCUGUGCUUCUGUCACAGUGACCUACAGCAACUAUACUUCUGCAGUACACUACCAAGCAGGUUGCUUUAUUUGUUCUUCAGUGCACUGGGAGGUUCUUUGUUGUUACAUAUGUAUAAGAGAAAACUGUGGCUCUGAUUGGGUUUUGGUGUCUUUACUGUCAGUUAUUUCACCAACAUUAAGUGUUACUUAACCAAUCAAAGACAUUUGUAUGAAUGAAGAUAUUGACUGAGCUGGCAUGAGAUCCUUGACUACAGUUAGGUUUGCUGUAAAAAGCAAACCUUAGUUCUUAAACUUCAGUCUGGGCCUGGCAGGAGGCUGUGGAUUACUAUUAAGCAGCAUUAUCUCCACACACUUCUCACAAGACAAAGAUCACUGCAGAUUACUGGAGAUACCACUAUGCAUGCAGUGUGUUUAGUGAUAUUCAUAGUGCCGCAUGGCUACUUGAGUCUAUGAAGGUAAUAUCCACAGGAUGGGUAAGAACUGUAAAAAGAUAAAAUCGACUGAGUAGAUGCAACUCAUGAAUAAGUAUGAGACAGGAGAGUUUUGUUCUGUGGGGCCUUCUGCAGGAAAAGUGGAAUGACAUUGGAUCUUGUCACAGAUUUUCUUUCAUUCUUCCUUCAUGCUCUCCACAAAUUGAUUUUAAUAUGUUGCAGCAAUUAAACACACUGCAUUAUGGUGAUUCAAAAUAUCUGUAGAAGAUAAUGCUGGGACUAAUCAGAGGGGAGAUCAUUUGUAUUAGAUAAGCAAAUACAGAGAUUCUUGUUUUAUAUUUUUUUAAAUCAAUAAAAAGUGAUUUUCAUGGUG